CAAUGUGAGCCGGGAGCACGGCGGGAGCUACAGCUGCUCCUAUCACAGCAGAUCAGAGCCGUUCGCCGUGUCGUACCCCAGCGACCCUGUGGAGCUCGUGGUGAGAGAUCCCAGCUUACCCAGACCCUCCAUCUCUCUGAACCCCACUGGGGUCACCGUCCCAGGGGCAGACGUCACCAUCCGGUGUGAGGGGCAGCGCUGGGACGUGAGGUUUUUCCUGCACAAGGCUGGAGACCUGAACCCGCAGCGACAUGUGGACCCUGCUGGGGACGGGGCCGAGUUCCGCAUCCCCACCGUGGGCCGGCAGCACGGAGGGAACUACAGCUGCAGCUACCGGCCCCGAUUGCAGCCUUUCAUCUCCUCAUAUGCCAGCAGCGCUGUGGAGCUGGUGGUAGCAGGCAGAUCGGAAUCGCCGGCACCUCCGGAUCUGACCAACCCCAUCAUCGCCGGGGUGAGCGCGGCAGCCGCCGUCCUCCUCCUCGUCCUCCUCCUUGUGGCCUUCGUCUGCUUCAUAAAAAAAAGUCGAGCCAAUGCCUCCAUUGAUGAAGGGAAAGAGCCACAGACCCUGCCCCAGGAGCCCGACCCCGGCGCCGACAGACUCACCUACGCCGAGCUGGACGACCAGGCGCUGCAGGCCAAGCGGGGGGGCCUGUCCUCUGCCCCUGAGCCCGUCCUGCACGCCGCGAUCAACGUGAACCGAGCAGCCCCACAGUGA